AUGGAGUCUACCUAUUAUCUCGCCGUUGGUGUGGCCGGCUUGUUGGCCUCCUUCUUCGUCUUCAAGAAGCAACGUCUCCCCGCACCUCUCCCCCCUGGUCCCAAAGGCUGGCCGCUCCUUGGAAACGUCACCGAUCUUCCUUCGAGUCAAGCAUGGGUGAAAUUUACAGCAUUAGGGCGCCAAUAUGGCGGAAUCGUGUAUCUCAAUGCGUUGGGCAGAUCCAUCAUCAUUUUGAACGACGCCAAAUAUGCUUUCGAUAUGUUAGCCAAGAAGAGCCGUAACUACAGCGACCGCCCAAAGUUGAUGAUGGCAGGACAGUUGGUUGGCUGGGGAGAAGGCCCUGCACUUAUCCCCUUCUCAGAAACUUGGCUCGAAUACAGACGCCUCUUCUCUCAGUUCAUAGGCAGUAGGUCGAAGGUUGAAGGGUUUCAGACUGUGCUGCAAGAUGAAACUCGCAACUAUAUUAACAGUAUCCUCGAUAACCCCGAGGUGUGGGUGCAACACACACAAAGAUUAGCAGGGGCCAUCGUCCUCAAGAUCACUUACGGCUAUUCCGCUGAGCCCCACGAUGAUCCACUAGUACGGCUCGUUGACGAAGCUAUGGAUCAGUUUUCCGAAACUACAGGCAUUAAUGCAUAUAUGGUGGACUUUUUUCCGAUCUUGCGCUUCGUACCUGAGUGGUUCCCUGGAGCUUCUUGGAAACGCAAGGCAGCGAAAUACCGAGAAACUUUGGCACAGAUGUUGGACGUACCUUACAACCUGGUAAAGCAAAGAAUGGCGGAUGGAAUGGCCCAGCCGUCUUUUGUGUCCCAAGCACUGGCGGAUGCCCAGCUUGACCCCAAGCAAGAAAGGAACAUCCAGUGGGCCGCUGCUGGUGUAUAUAGUGGUGGAGCCGACACGACUGUGGGCGGCAUCGAAUGUUUCUUCCUUGCCAUGACGCGGCACACUGCAGAGCAAAUCAAAGCACAGGGCGAAAUAGACGCUGCCCUUGGAUUUGGCCAUUUACCCACCCUAUCCGACCGUUCCCGCCUACCUUACGUCGAAGCGCUCUAUGUAGAAGUCAUGAGAGUCUAUACUUUUGGCCCGAUAGGGCUUCCUCACGUCGUGUCCGAGGAUGACAUUCACGAUGGCUAUUUCAUUCCGAAGGGCACUAUGGUCAUCACAAACAACUGGCAAUUUUUCCAUGAUCCUCAGACUUACCAGAAUCCAGAAUCCUUCGACCCCACUCGUUUUCUAGGUGAUAACAACCGCGCCAAAGAGACGGAUCCGCGCGACUAUCUUUUCGGCUUCGGACGUCGGACUUGCCCAGGUACUUUAUUCCUUCCUGCUACGGCUCUGCGGUUCUUACCCUCUUGA